UAUAUGAAACGCCAGAUCUUCUAGAUACUGGCUAAUCCGAUGGGUGAACAAUCUCGCAGCAGCUCGGCAGCAAGCAACUUCUCAAUGGCAUCCAGGAAUCCUGCUGUAUCACGACGCUUUGUUCGCUUCACAUCGGGCUACUAACACUGCGUUGACUUUAAUGAGGGAAGCAAUGAUGUUGCCAUUACCAUGUAGUAAUGUCAUUCAGAAGGUCCCAGUUGAGUCAUCUUCACUGCUGCUCAUCAAUAUGUUGUUAUCCUUCUUCCAGUCUCCUUACUUAUUUCAAGCUGGCGAUCGUCUAUCGUCGGCUAUUACAACAUCCUAUGCAAUCCUCCGUACGUGCCGUGAUCUUGUUGCACGUCGUCACAAUCUUCCUCGACCUUUAUCGGUUAGGAUUUCUCUUAUUGUGACUCGAGCACUAAUACUACAUCUUGCGCACACAGAUAUAUUGACUCAGGACGAAUUUGUUAAGAUGGCAAGUAAUCAGGGCUCUAAAUUAAGUAAAAAGAAUGAGACAACUGAUUUUGAGCUCGUGGAGGAAAAUUCGGUAGACCUCGAAUCAAACACUGACAACAGCUCUUUCCUUGAUGUGGAUGAUAUUACGAGCGCAGUACAGACGUGGUCAGGAAAUUCAUCGGUUUGGCUUCUAGUGUGGCGUCAUCUCUUAUGUGUUCUCGGACCGCAUAACAGUAGCUUUGCGAAUGCCAAGAUUGCUGUUGAAACGUUGUCAAGCACUAUCCAUAGUCUUUUAUUGGUGAAUCUUGAUCCAUUAGCACACUGGAUAGCGUCGAGGCUGGUGCAAACAUCUGCGAAUUUAUUGCCAAAUUAUAUAGCAUCUUUGGGCGCAGUACUGAGCAGCGGCCGUCAACCAUCACCAAUCCUGCAGACACAUAUUCUACUUGCUUUUAUCCGCCUUAUAAAAGCUGGAGAUCCGCAGGUAAUUCCACAUGUCACAUCAAUGUCUCCACGUCAUUUAGCUGUUCUUUCACAACAUAUUCUUCAAGCGGUGCCCUCAAUGAUUCCGCAAUGUCAGUCGAAUACGCACAUACUUAAGGUGCUUGCCUUGUUGAGUAGUUCAAGUGUAGCAGCUGAGCAAUUGCUUCUUAAGCAGCUUUCUUCGUCCGACAUAUCACUACCACAUGCUUUAUUAUGCACAAACGCUCUUUGUAUGCUUAUCAUUCAGCGUGGAGAUUCCGAAUUAAUGGUGAAGGUGUUCAAUUUACUACAAAGUCAUCGCUAUGGUCCGAAUUUGUUGCCAUUGCUUUGUUCUUGCUUGGAGUCGUUGUUGAGACAGACGAAGAAUCCUACAGCAUUGCAAAUUAAGGUGAAUAAAGACCAGCAGUUAGAAAUUACGUCUCGUACUGUGGUAGGCAAACACUGCUGGACUUUACAUCUCCAUAGUCUGCAUGAAUGGCGAUCAUUUUCUGCAAGUCUUGGUUUUGUAGCAAAUGUCUCAAACGUACCAUCCAAUUUUUCUCGCGAUCUUAAGCAUCUUGACCAAACUGGUGCCAGGGAAGUACUUAUGUUGGCUAGUCUUAGCGUUUCGUUCUCUGAGUUUGAUUCUUUGAAAUCAUUUCUUAUGGAGGUUGCUGUAAUUUAUGUAGCUGACGGGCAAGAAGACAAACAAUCUAUAUUGUCAAAUACCACCGCGUCACCCAGUUUUAAUCGAUUUGUUAGUGAACUCGGCUGGGAGCUUCUUACCAUAUAUAGAUUGGCAUCAUUGAAGGUUUGCAUCGGAAGAGGUCAUGAAGGAUAUUCUGGUGGCCUACCGUACGACACCGUUGCCCCGUACUACGCGACACCUGAUACCGAACUAAUUUUUCAUGUUAGUACGCACUUAUCUGGAGAUGCUACGCAGAAGUGGAAACACAUUGGCAAUGACGAAGUCCACGUGGUAUGGUCUGAGCACUCACGGCCUUAUCGUCGCGAAACAAUCGCUACGAAAUUUUGCGAUGUUUUAAUUGUACUGGAGAGGGUUGGCGACAGGACAUUUCGUGUGCGUGUUGAAACCGUCAGCACAUUGGAAUUUGGACCACUAUAUGAUGGUGCUUUAGUUGGCAGCGAAGAAUUAGCCGAAAUGGUGCGACUUACUGUGAUAAACGCCUCUCGUGCAUAUCGGCUAGCGCACAAAAACCAUAUAAGACCUCUUCGGCAUCGCGAACUUGUGUUCGCGCAUGAUACGAUAAGACAGAUGAAGAAGGUGCGACUUUGCGAUGCUAUCAACUCUCUCUACAUACCGACGGUGACCACCUAG